AUGGUGAUGAAGAUCAAGAAAGCUAGCCAAGGUCGCCAAAAGAUUGCAAUUGCCAAAAUUGAAAAGAGAAGCAAUUUACAAGUCACAUUCUCAAAACGUCGUUCAGGGCUCUUCAAGAAGGCCAGUGAGCUAUGCACACUUUGUGGGGUUGAGAUUGCAAUCAUAGUCUUCUCUCCUGCCAACAAGCCCUUCUCCUUUGGCCACCCCGAGGUUGACUCCAUCAUUGACCGCUUCAUUGCUCGGAACCCUAACCCUAAUCCCCUAGGCCUAGCAUGGUCUACAGACACCACUCAACAGCUUGCUGAGGCUCACAGGAAUUCUAAUGUUCAUGAGCUUAACAAGCAGCUAACCCAGAUUGUGAAUCAGUUGGAGGCUGAGAGAAAACAAGGAGAAGCACUUGAUAAAAUGAGCAAAGCUAGUCAAAACCAGUGUUGGUGGGAAAUGCCAGUUGAUGAACUUGGAUUGCAUGAGCUUCAGAUAUUGAAGGCCUCAGUUGAGGAGCUCAAUAGGAAUGUGAAUAAACAAGCCAACAGGAUUUUGAUGGAGUCUAGUUACCCAAGUGCUGCUGCUAAUUAUUCUUCAUCACCCUUGUCUAUGAUGAAAAAUAUUGGUGGUUUAGUUCAACGUGAUAUCGAUGAUCAUUAUCGUUUCGAGAGCAAAAACCCUACUGAUCAGAUUGAACCUGCCUAUAAUUUUGGUUAUGCUGGCCAUGGUCUUUUUUGA